AUGGUAAGUCGCGUGUGUAGAGCCCUGCCUGGCAAGAGCUGGCUCAUGAGACGUUAUGCAAGUCAGAGCUCUGGUCCUGAUCCCAUCCACGAUCCUUCGUGGCCUAAGGGUAGCAACCCCUCACCAUAUGAUGUGUUUGGAUUUCCACAGGGGCAGGUUGAGACGAAGGCCUUGAAGAAGAAAUAUCAUGCUAUGGCUAAGCUGUAUCAUCCAGAUAUCGCCAGCGGCGUGACGAUUUUGAAAUAUGGUUCAACAGGAACUCCUCAUCAUACAUACCAAAUUGACGAAUCUGCGAUUUUGUCGACUCAGGACAAGUUGAGUAGAUUUCAAGUGAUGAGUGAGGCCUACGAGCUGUUGAGUGACUCGCGUAAGAAAAGCACCUACGAUAGGUUCCGUACAGGAUGGACGUACGCACCCUCGACGGUAAGAAAUGCUGCAUAUUCCUCUGCUGCUGCAACGGCUCACGGAUAUCACAACAACCAUAAUUACGAAUAUUGGAAUGCCGGAACUUGGGAAGAUGUGAACAAAAUGCAUUACACUGACCCAGACAAAAAACUAUCGUUCUGGGUCGUUAUGGCAUGGAUGUGCGGCCUGCUUGUAUGCGUUCAGUGCACUGCUUUGCUAACUCGUAUUGAGGAGUCACUAACAAAAGGCCACUUCACACAUGAUGAAACUGAAAAGGAUUUGGUUUUAGCGUACGUUAACUACGGUCUCGACACCGAUAAAUGGUCAAGACUACGGCGGUUUUUGUGGUUCCGAACCUAUGGGAUGUACCGCUCCAAGACUGAUUUGGACAGGGAAGCACAAAAGAAUGAAAAAAUCGUGCAAGAGCUCAAGGGUAAAGAAAUGCAGGGGCGGUAA